AAACACGGCCCGCGAUGAAUUUUCUCGGAACGAGGAUGCAUCGAAUCCAGGAUCGCCUUUUCUGUAAGAGAGGAGCCUUUGUAAGCCAGCGGCGCGGCGACGCGAGCCUUUUUUCGUCCUAGCUUCCGGAUGCCUGGUGAGAAUCGAUUCCUCGUCGCUGGAUGGAAGGACGCCAUUUACGAGAAAGGAAAUAAAGACGACGAGAGAGAGACAGAGAGAGAAAGAAAAAGACAAACGACAACCGGCUGAUUUACUCGUCAAAACGUUGUCUCAACCAAACGGCUACGAACGAGGCAAAUUUAACGAAGUUGCGAUGAAAAAGCGCGUCGGCGAGCGCAGCGCCAUCGGUGGGCCGACUUCCGCGGGGUGGUUUCCUUCGCGUUAUAAACGGGUCAGGGAUCAAACAAGCGUGGCCUCCUCCAACGGGGAGAGAAAUGAAUGGAGAGGCGCUGUCUGCCGCUGGGAAAGGAUCUGCGUGGCCUUGGACGGCGGUGUAUCGAAAAAGUAUCUCGCAUGCAUGCCGCAUGAACAAGAUAUAUCCGUCUUCAUUUACCGGAACGCAAGAAACAACGUUAUUUAUGGGGCUGACCUGAUAAAUGCACGCUACGGAGAGGAGUGCACGCCCUCGAGCGAACGAAUUUUCCAAUUACAACGAGCGAUCCGAGAGAGAACGACCGUCGAACAGAUACGCCGCGGAGUAAUUCUUGGACGCGGCGUACUCGCGCACACGUAGAACGAACCGAGAAACUCUUUUACCCCUCAUUUCUGAUCGCCGCCGUGAAUCAUUUUCUAGACGCAUCCACCGAAUAAUUGCGAGGCGAACCCGUGGACGAAGGGAACUACAAAUUGCCCCUGUAUUACGAGUAAUUUAUAAUUAUAAGGCCCGGCCGCCAACAAUC